GCUGCCACUCUCCCCUCUGUCCUGUCGUUGAAGCUCGUCUUCGCCCUCGUACCCAUCACAAUCAACGUCAUCUCGAGCGCUCCAACAACUCGCGUCUGUAUUCUGCGGCUUUGCAGAUCGAGACGCCGACAAAGAGUAACGGCCUGGAUACGCGGGACGUCCAGUGAUGUUAGAUGGCUCCCGGAUGCCCACGCCGCGAUCCCAACCCAAGAGCAGCAAUAGCCCCUGGGCCCGGACUUGCAAGACAUCGCUGCGGACGCCAUGCUCGCAGCUCACCACCAGGAUCGGGUACUACCUGCACGACAACAAGCUCGUGGCGUCUCAUCGGCGACACUCGCUGGUCACGCCAACCCUCCGACGAAAGCUAUGCCCGAUGACCCUCCGUCUCUUGUUAGCGACCGAUCUGAUGACGGCUACCAGUCUGACGGCAGCGACGAGUCUGCCAACUUCAAGUCUAUCAUCCGCAAGCAUGAUAGCGACAGGGCUGCUCGCGCUCAGCUUGGCAUCGUCGAUUCUUAUAUCGACGAGUCUGCCAUCGAUGAUAGUGAUAACAGUUCGGACUGGGAGGACGAACCUUCUGGUCCCAAUCCGAGUGCGGAUAAUCAACUGGUCUUCAAUCGUGUUGGCCCAACGCCGAACGUCACCUUACAGCCAUCUCGUCCAUCUCUUCUCAGCCUCAUGUUCGCGGAUGAAGGCCAGCACAUGAAGGCUCACAGCAGCCGCCCGUUAAGGCGGAUGCUUGCUUCGCCUCAGCACUCCCAAACGGUGCAAAACCCGUCGACCAUUAGCAACUCGCCGGACGACUUCGACGAGGGCAUCCAGAUGAAGAAGGUCAAGCGCGAGCCUAUUCGGAUCACGAUCAUCAACAAGAUUCAUCCUUCCACCGCAGUUUCCAUCCCCGCCUGUGCACAGCCCAUCUCCCGUCGCGCCACACGCCGCAACAUGCUGGGGGCCGAGCUCACCGUGUCCCUUCGCCGCCAGCUCCUCUGGGAGAGGCAGCAGAAGACCUCGACGGCAAAUGCCGUGCUCAAGAGGCGACACACUUCGCACGAUGUUGCUAACCUGAAGC